GGGAGCGCGCUGUGGACUCCGCGGCCGCGAGUAGUUAGUUAGUUGUGUCAGUUGCUCGGUGGCGGCGGCCGCGAUCACCAGUAAGGGGACGGGACAGGCGGCAAUGGUGAUCAUUGCAACGGCGUGUGCUCCCCUCAGGUGUCUGUCUAACCCAGGACUCAUGCUCUAGAUGGUUCCUGGUGAUCUGUCUUACAAACCUAAGGAAACACUGGUACCUUUAGAAUACAGGAAUGAGAGGCAAGGAAGAAAGGCCAUUCAUCAUAAGAAGAUUUGAAUCACUUUGAAAUUUUAAAGGAAUGUAACACUUGCUGCUAAACUAUCUUGGUCACCAGAAGGAACAAAGUGCUUCAGAGUCAAAUGGAAGUCUUCACUAAACAAAAGGAGGAAAACUAACAACAACAGAAAAGAAAGCAAUUUUAGGCAUAUAAUCGGGUCAUCGAGAUGCUCAGCAGAUUGAUCAUACUUAGAGGAGCUGCUAUAACCACACACGGAGGUGAAAACUAACAGAUGCAAAUGCAAGUCUUGCUAUGCGCUGAAGAAACCACAUUGUCUGUGAAGUUCUAUUUUUAAAAAUGUCUGCUUGUAACACCUUUACUGAACACGUUUGGAAACCCGGCGAAUGCAAGAAUUGCUUUAAACCUAAAAGCUUACACCAGCUUCCUCCAGACUCUGAGAAGACACCCAUCACCCAUGGUAAUGUAAAAACUAAUGCCAACCAUAGUAACAACCACCGUGUCAGGAACACCGGGAAUUUCCGGCCCCCUGUGGCUAAAAAGCCCACUAUUGCUGUGAAGCCCACUAUGAUGGUAGCAGACGGGCAGAGUGUGUGUGGUGAGCUGAGCAUCCAAGAACACUGUGAGAACAAACCUGUCAUCCUGGGGUGGAACCAAAACAAGACGGCUCUGAGCCAGAAACCACUUAACAACAAUUCUGAAGGCGAUGCUGAAGGCUUUGGCCGUGUCCCCCAGCAAUGCGGCAAUAAUGACAGCACAAAGAAGAUGUCCAACAACAACAACGGACUCACUGAAGUGCUGAAGGAGAUAGCGGGUCUGGAUGCCACGCCUCAGAUGACAGGAAAUGAAACAAACUCCAGAGAAACAUUCUUGGGAAGAAUAAACGAUUGCUACAAACGAUCAUUGGAAAGAAAGAUCCCACCAAGUUGCAUGAUAGGGAGCAUGAAGGAUUCUCAGGGCAAGCACGUGAUUCUGAGUGGGAGCACAGAGGUCAUCAGUAACGAAGGGGGCAGGUUCUGCUACCCUGAGUUUUCCAGUGGAGAGGAGAGUGAGGAAGACGUGCUUUUCAGCAACAUGGGAGAGGGGCACGAGAGCUGGGAUGAGAGCGACGAAGAGCUGCUGGCCAUGGAGAUUCGCAUGAGAGGGCAACCUCGCUUUGCUAACUUCAGGGCUAACACUCUGUCUCCUGUUCGAUUCUUUGUGAGCAAAAAAUGGAAUACGAUCCCAUUACGUAAUAAGUCUCUGCAGAGAAUCUGUGCUGUGGACUAUGAUGACAGCUAUGAUGAAAUACUUAAUGGCUAUGAAGAAAAUUCUGGGGUCUCCUAUGGUCAAGGAAGCAUUCAGAACAUGGUGUCAUCUGAGUCCACAUCACCAGAUUCCUCUUUUACAGAGGAGUCACGUUCUGAAACAGCCAGCAGUUUAUCUCAGAAGAUUUGUAAUGGGGGGCUAUCUCCUGGUAACCCAGAAGAGUCUAAAGACAUGACAGAAACUGAGUCUAGUUAUGAAAGUCCUCCUGGUAAGAAUGAGGAGAAGGACUCAUCACUAACUUCCAAAAGCUCAGCAAAAGUUCCAGAGACACACAAAGCGGUCCUCGCUCUCCGCUUAGAGGAGAAGGAUGGCAAAAUUGCAGUACAAACUGAGAAGCCAGAAAACAAAGCCUCUACAGAUAUCGCUGGCCAAGCAGUCACCAUCAGCCUCGCCCCUGUAGAAGAACAAACAAAGCCGUACCGCGUUGUGAGUCUGGAACAGCCGCUGUGUAAGCCAUAUACUGUUGUGGACGUGUCGGCAGCCAUGGCCAGUGAGCACCUUGGGCGCCCCAAGAUAAAAGGCUCAUCCUCCACUCCAAACUCUCCAGUAACAUCACCUGCCUCGGCACCAGGACAAAUGAAUGCCCAUGUCAAAAAAUCCAGUGCAAUCCGAUACCAGGAAGUGUGGACUUCCAGCACCAGUCCACGACAAAAGAUCCCUAAAAUAGAAUUAAGUACUGGGGGAACUGGGCCAAAUGUCCCUCCAAGGAAAAACUGCCAUAAGUCAGCACCUACUUCACCGACAACUACAAACAUUUCCUCCAAAACCAUCCCUGUUAAGUCACCUAAUUUAUCUGAGAUAAAAUUUAACAGUUACAACAAUGCUGGGAUGCCACCUUUCCCCAUUAUCAUUCAUGAUGAGCCAUCCUAUGCCCGGAGUUCCAAAAACGCUAUUAAAGUUCCCAUUGUUAUUAAUCCAAAUGCGUAUGACAAUCUCGCCAUCUACAAAAGUUUUCUGGGAACAAGUGGAGAACUCUCAGUGAAAGAAAAAACCACAAGCAUAAUAAGUCAUACUUAUGAAGAAAUAGAAACUGACAGCAAGGUGUCUGAUAAUGCCACUAACAAGCUCCCAGACUGUCCCCAAGCCAAAGGCUUUUCCAACAGCACAGAGCGUAAAAGAGGCUCCGUAGCUCAGAAGGUUCAGGAGUUUAACAAUUGUCUCAACAGAGGUCAGUCUUCUCCACAAAGGAGCUAUAGUUCCAGCCACAGCUCCCCGGCAAAAAUCCAGAGACCCAGUCAAGAGCCUGUGGCCAAAACAGACAGCAUGCAGGGGUCUCAGGUGGCAGGCAGCAGUGGCAGCACCAGGGAGAAAGCAAGUGCCGUGCUUUGUCAGAUUGUGGCUUCUAUCCAGCCCCCCCAGACUCCUCCAGAAGCACCUCAGUCUAGCCCUAAGGCUUGCAGUGUGGAAGAGCUCUACGCUAUUCCUCCAGAUGCAGAUACUGCAAAAAAUAUACCGAAAAGUACACCAGUCCGACCCAAAUCUCUCUUUACAUCUCAGCCUAGUGGGGAAACGGAGGCACAUCAGACCACAGAAAACCUUACCACUAAAAUUCAGAAAGAUCCACUCAUGAAGCCAGUCACUUCCCCUCCCUCUAAAUUAGUGACCAGUGCCCAAAGUGAGCCACCACCUCCCUUUCCCCCACCACGGUCUACUUCCUCCCCUUACCAUGCAAGUAAUCUUUUGCAGAGGCAUUUCACCAAUUGGACCAAGCCAACCAGUCCUACCAGAUCAACAGAAGCUGAAUCAAUCUUGCAUUCUGAAGGCAGCAGGCGAGCAGCUGAUGCAAAGCCUAAACGUUGGAUAUCAUUUAAAAGUUUCUUCCGCCGUCGGAAAGCAGAUGAAGAAGAAGAGAAGGAGAAGGAGCGAGAGAAAGGGAAGCUGGUGGGCCUGGAUGGAACAGUUAUCCACAUGCUGCCACCUCCUCCAGUCCAGCGCCAUCACUGGUUCACAGAGACGAAAGGAGAGUCCAAUGAGAAGCCCGCCAUUGUCUUCAUGUACAGGUGUGACCCUGACCAAGGCCAGCUCAGUGUGGAUCAAAGCAAGGCCGGGACUGAGAAAGGAAGAACAGAGAAUGUGUUACUCCAGUACUCAGAAGAGAAGAAAAGCAGCCAUUCUUCUCCAUCUCAGGUCCCUGACAAAGCUUCCAGUCGCGUGACCCAUGAAGUGGCAGAGGAAUUUUCUUCUCAGGAUCCAAAACCUCUGGCUGUGAAGCAAGAUGGAACUUCCAUCACACCAGCUUCACCCCCGCCUGACCUGGAAAGGGAAGAAGAAAAAGAUGACACUGCGGAUCCCAUAGAUCUGAACUCCUGCAGCGCAACAUAUAGCAACCUAGGGCAGUCUAGAGCAGCUAUGAUACCUCCCAAGCAUCCACGGCAUCCCAAGGGAGCUUCGGAUGAUGCCAUUGCCUUUGGAGAGAAGACAGACCAAGAAGUAUUGAGUGCUUCCCAAUCCACGCCACCCCCACUGCCAAAGAAAAUGAUUCGAGCCAAUACAGAGCCGAUCUCCAAAGACCUUCAGAAGACCAUGGAAAGUAGCCUUUGUGUCAUGGCUAAUCCCACCUACGAUAUUGACCCCAACUGGGAUGCCAGCAGUGCUGGGUCUUCUAUUAGCUGUGAACUCAAAGGACUGGACAUUGAGUCUUACGACUCCUUGGAGAGACCUUUGCACAAAGAGAGACCUGUUCCUUCAGCAGCAAACAGUAUCUCCAGCUUAGCCGCUCUCAGUAUUAAGGACAGAUUUUCCAACAGUACGGAGUCCCUCUCCAGCCGACGUGGUCUCUCCUGUAGACAGGGUCGAAGCAUCCAGAAGCCACAGAGACAAGCACUUUAUCGAGGACUUGAAAAUCGGGAGGAAGUGGUGGGUAAAAUCCGAAGCCUUCAUACAGAUGCCUUGAAGAAAUUGGCUGUUAAAUGCGAAGACCUCUUCAUGGCUGGGCAGAAAGACCAACUCCGCUUUGGAGUGGACAGCUGGUCAGAUUUCAGGCUAACCAGCGACAAACCGUGCUGCGAAGCUGGAGAUGCGGUCUACUACACUGCCUCAUAUGCAAAAGAUCCACUCAGUAACUAUGCCGUCAAGAUCUGUAAGAGCAAAGCUCAGGAAUCUCAGCAGUAUUACCAUAGCUUGGCUGUCCGGCAGAGUCUGGCUGUGCAUUUUAACAUCCAGCAGGAUUGUGGCCAUUUCCUUGCUGAAGUCCCUAAUCGUCUGCUUCCCUGGGAGGAUCCUGAUGCUCCUGAAAAGGCAGAGGACGAAACUGAGAACAGUGAGGAGGAGGUAAAAGCAGAAACCGCCGGGGGAAACUCCCAGCCCUGUUCUGAAACAGAGUCAUCCCAGAAAGAGAACCAGCGAGUCACGAAUAGGAAACAGAGAAGCCAUGUUGUAGUGAUCACCAGGGAGGUUCCCCAUCUCACUGUGGCCGACUUUGUGCGAGAUUCCUUGGCCCAUCAUGGGAAAAGCCCUGACCUGUAUGAGAGGCAGGUGUGUCUGCUGCUCUUACAGCUGUGCUCCGGCCUCGAGCAUCUCAAGCCCUACCAUGUCACUCACUGUGAUCUGCGCCUGGAGAACUUGUUGCUUGUCCAGCACCAGCCUGGGGGAGCUGCCCAAGGCCCUUCACCUGCAGAUCCUUUCCCCCCCUCAGCUUGUCCCACAAGGCUCAUCGUGAGCAACUUCUCGCAGGCCAAGCAGAAGAGCCAUCUGGUGGAUCCCCAGAUCCUCCGAGACCAGUCCCGCCUUGCCCCAGAGAUCAUCACAGCCACCCAGUAUAAGAAGUGUGAUGAGUUCCAAACAGGCAUCCUCAUCUAUGAAAUGCUGCACCUGCCCAACCCUUUCGAUGAGAACCCAGAGCUGAAGGAGAAAGAGUACACACGCACAGAUCUGCCUCGCAUCCCUCUCCGCUCCCCGUAUUCUUGGGGCCUGCAGCAGCUCGCCAGCUGCCUCCUAAACCCCAACCCUUCUGAGCGCAUCCUCAUUUCUGACGCCAAAGGCAUCCUCCAGUGUCUGCUCUGGGGCCCCCGUGAAGAUCUCUUCCAAACCUUCACCACCUCCACAACCCCAGUACAGAAGAGUGCUCUGCUCCAAAACUGGUUGGACAUCAAGCGAACGCUGCUGAUGAUCAAGUUUGCUGAGAAGUCCCUGGACAGAGAGGGGGGCAUCAGCCUCGAGGACUGGCUUUGUGCUCAGUACCUGGCUUUUGCCACCACAGACUCCCUGAGUUACAUUGUGAAAAUCCUGCAACACCGUUAACGUGGCCUGGAUCUCGUUCUUAUUAAGUAUUUCCACCUUCUUCGUGUCGCCCUCGGGUCCCUAUCCUAUCCUAUACUCAGAAUUCAGGAAAGGAGAGAAGCUAACCUGCCAUCCUUGUCUACAAGCAGAGGGGGCCAUUCAGCAAGGUCGUCCACAGCUUUACACAGUGAGAAGCCGAGUGUUUCCUUACUGUCCAGAAAUUUCACUGCACAGCCGUGCAGUCACCCUCCCUUGGAACAUUUGUCAUCUGAAUAGUCCCACAAACCUGGGGUCAAGAAGGAAAUGGACAGCCACGGAGGACCAGCUCCAGCGGAAUGCACUUAGUAAGCUGCGUCCACCUCUUCCAGAACUGAAGCUAGUCUGCCUGUCUUCCCUAGCUAGCGGCACACAUCCACCAACAUCGGCUGUCAUCCAGGGAUGCUCUCCCAGCAGCUUCCUCUUCCUGUAAAGUAUCCACAGCUGCCUCUUUCCCAGGAAGGAUGCCAUUUUGCUUCUUGGCUCAGUUUUAGUCUCUGGGGACUGGCCUUUGUCCUGGCCGAAAGUAAAAGGAGAGGAGAUUCCCGUCUGUUGGAUGGCGGGUCGUCCAUUCGUCCGUUUCCAUUCACUGUUAGUAAAUGUGUACCCUACACAAAGACCAACCUGACAGCUGCAGCCCACCACCACUGCUUGGCUGGCCUUCACCUUUACUCCGUCCCAACCUGCUGAAGUUUGGGUCUUCCAUCCACUUUUUGGGGCCCAUUACAGAGCUGACCGGAGGUGGUGUCCCCAAUGCCUCAGCAUGAUGGAAUGCAGUUCAGAGUUUAUGAAUAGUUGGCAGGACAUGAGGAAAUAAUGUCCUUGCGUGUGCAAUUCUCCAGGGGCCCUCAGGGAACAGACUUUAAAGUACUGUUCUUUGAUUACUAUCAGACCUAUCGGCAUGGCAGCCCGGACUGGUGGUGGCUGAGUCAGUGUCCCCCACAAGCAGCGACUGGCCAGCUCCCUUCCAUCAGUAGCCAGUAUCAGCUACCCUGCCAGAUGCUGUAGACAGUGGCUCUGAAUGAAAUGGCUGUCCACUUAGCAUUACCAUCGCCUUAGAAGGCACCUCAGAGCUGGCUUGCUCCUAAGAAUGCCAGCCUCUUCCAGAAGGACCGCCUCCCAGAGUGAGUGGCCCACCGCUCCGAAGACUUUGCAGUGGCCUGACGGCUGCGGUAGAUGGCCGAGAGCUGUUCCUGUGGGACCUGUGCUCUCCCAUGAAUUAUGUGCAAUUUUUGUAUGUAUUUUUAAUCUGUAUAUUACAGUGUUUAUGUUGCAACUUUACCUGAGUGAGAACUACAGAAACCUUCCUCUCUUCCCUUGGCACAUACUUGCGCUAAGAAGCGAGUAUUCUUUCCACCUGUGUGUGUAUGUUCGCUCAUGCACUUGUAUUCAAAACUGUGAGUAUCUGUUUACUUCAACCUCAACAUCCCAAGAGUCACUUGAAUGGUAAGUGUGUACACAUGUGUGCCUGUGUGCACGCACAUGCUGGAGAUUGGGACCAGGCCUCCAGGGAAGCAGCCUAUAGCAGAGUUCGCAGACCUGUUCUCUGCACCCUGCCAGUGAGGAACCUGGGGAGCCCCCAUCUCCAGCGCAGAGUCAUCUUAAAGCCAAGACUGAUUGUGCAGUAUUACUUGGGUGGCACCUUAGUGGCCUUGGACAUUUCUAGACUUUUAACAUUUUUAACAGCCUUUCAUGUGAUUCACCCUUAUCAAAGAAAAUCGAAAAAGGAGAAUGUAUUUUAUUAUUCAUUUUUAAAGAGAAUAAUAUGUGUGAGUCUGCAUAGGGAGGAUGGCCUUGUGUGCCUGGCUAGCUCCCCGAACUCCCAGGAAAGAGGGCUAGUUGGCUCACGGAGAGUCUUGUCCCUUCUAGUUAGCAUGACUGUGGAGUGGGCAGCCGUGAGUCGUGGUUGCAUCAUGCCUAGCCGGCUGGGGUUUAAUUCAUCUUACAUAGCCCACGUGCACAUAACUCCCCGCCCAAUUACGCACUGAACUGGCAGCAGGACGACCACCGGCCGGGUCAGCUGGCACAGUCCUUCACUCCCCACGUCUGCAGACUGAGAUGCUUUCUCAGUGUCGCUCUCAUGGUGCCUUGCCCAUGUAGACCCAUAUGUUGACUGUGGAAGGAGGUUACAUAUUUAAUGCAGAAUGUUCCCUAGCCCUCUGUUUGUUCUGUCUGUAGAUACCCUUUUCCUGUUAGCUUCGACCCAGCCUUCUUUCAUGCUGCGGUAAAACAAGCAUGCGCACUUCCCCUGCCACUGCCUCACCGCGCUGGUAAACUGAGCGCUCUCCCUUCCACGUGAUUCCCUCACCGCGCUGGUAAACUGAGCGCUCUCCCUUCCACGUGAUUCCCUCACCGCGCUGGCAAGCUGAGCGCUCUCCCUUCCACGUGAUUCCCUCACCGCGCUGGCAAGCUGAGCGCUCUCCCUUCCACGUGUCUCUCACUGUUCUUAAGUCCACACAAGUGAGAGGCUAAAUAAAAGCCUAGUGACAAGAGAAGGGCCUCGGCUUCCCAGAGACAGGUGGCUGUGUUACCUGUCUCUGGGAAUCGCCACAGAAUGUGAUGGACAGGAAGAGGGUGUCCUAGGUUAGGUCAGAACAGACAAGGAUUGUAUUUCUAGGCAGAGUCCAUCAGGUGGUCCUCUGAGCAUUUCUCAAAAUGAUGAAAUUCAGUCAGUAUAACUUUAUCAUAGAUUCCCAUUUUAAUUCAUCCGUCGGCUGAAGGGAACUCCUACCCUCUGGGGACACAUACAUAUAUACAUACAUAUAUUAUGUAUUUUGGAGUGUCACUGGUCUAGCACUUGAAGUUCUCCUAAGUAAGUCUGUAUUGAGCGGAUUGUUUUUUUGUUUUGUUUUUAAAGUCUAUGCCAUAGAUUCUUCCAUUACAUUGAGAGUGUGAACAGCUAAGCCCCUUUGGAGCUUUUCCUUCAGCCGCGUGAACACUGUCUCAGCACGUGUGGACGCUAGAGAAUCAGGACUGUGGCUGGAGCAGGCAGCAGUAAAUGUCUCUCUCAGAGUGCCUUGUUAGCAUAGUAACCUAGCCAUGGAAAUAAGAAGUGUUUCACAGAGAGGCCCAGACUACCAGCAGCCUCCUGUGCCACAGAGGAGAGAGCCCUUUGGGGAUGUGUUCACCCACACAGUGUGCAAAAGUUCACCAUGAAGGACAGCAGUUAGAUGAGCAAACGAGCAACAGAACCCGUGGGGGGCAACAUGAGACUCACGAGCAUCAGCAGCCCCGAGGCUGAGUCAGACUGGCAGGCAGGCCGAAGGCUUCCUGGGAUUUGCUCUCAAGAGGUGGGCUGAAUGAGGUCAUGGAGGAUGUGCGCUCCUGCUCCUAAACUGCUGGAGCUGGGGUCCAGGAAGCGCAUCCCUCAGGAGCUAGCAGAGCAGCCUCCGGAGCAUCGCCGGAGUGCCAGUUCUGCCUUGGAGCUCAGGGUGUAUUCAUGAACGUGGAAAUCUGAGCCUCCAGGAGGAUCCAUGUUUCUAAGAGCAAAGCCUCUGUUGUCGCAGAAUCCCAGGAACGAUCUUGACGCCCACGGAGUAGCAGAUCACGGAAGGCUUACACUCAGCUUUCCACGUUUAAUUCAUCCAAUACCGGAAAAAUCACCGGGCAUUAGCUGGUGACCUGCCGUCAGGAUUUUCCCAUAGCUUUUACCCAGAGUGAUCCAAAAAGAUACAGGCUAGUCUCAAAAACUGGGGUGGAUUUUGGAGGCAUCUUUGUAUUUCAAGUAAUUCUGGGUAUAUAAAGCACACACAUACACUUGGAAACGGGACAAGAGGAACUCAGCUCGCUGGGCCAGCUCUGGUAUGCUGGUCAUUCCCCUCUCUAGUGGGUAAGGAUUGGGAUUCUGAUCCAGUCUAAUAAGUGAACAGGAUAGCUGCCCAUAAAACUGGGUUAUUAGAUUUACUUCACUGAAGCUCAUCUUCUCAAAGGCCCAAAAUGCUGCACUGAGACAGACCCAAGUGCUACCCCUGCGGAAGUGUGCACUGAAGUCCACCUGCCCACACUCACAGCAGUGCACAGCCAGGGACCCCACGGCCCCAAACCAAUGCCCCACCGGAGGCCAGAAGAGCUGUAAUGCACGAUCCUAGACAGGUUAUACCAAAGAAGUCAAGCCUUUCCAUCCUGCUUCUCAGACGAUGGGGCUGUGCUGCAACCGGUGCCAGAGGAAGGGAGUCUGUACACAUUCCAUGACCUGGGUGUUCAACUGUAAGUCAUUCUCAGAAAGAAAGAAAAGAAAAAGCAGUGCAUUUUGCACAUGAAGAGAAAAAGUAGGUGAGGGUGAUGGGAGUAAGGGAGUGGCAGCGGCCGAAACAGGUAGUGAAAUUCCCUGGUAUCUAAGAAGAACCCGUAACCAGCUCGCUCACCAUGACUGGCUGUUGCCCAGACCUUAAGCGUGGGAACGCCUCGUCUGUGUAAUAUUGAAAGCUUGGGCUGGAGGUGAUUUCUUUCUUGAAAAGCAGGUGGUUUCAAAAGGUUUGUCUCGAGAACUCUUGGGAAAUUUCUUAACACACCGCACCAUGUUAUGAACCUUCCCCCGAAGGUGAUUGUCAUCAGCAUCUCUUCCAAUGUGUCUAAGUACCCAGACUGUCCAAGGUGCUACGCAGCUGUCAGCCACCUACCCCUGCAGCUGUUUUAAAUUAGAGACCUUUGCGUCAGCUGCCACUGGAAACGAUGCCCACUUAGAUGGGCCACCGGGGUCUGCAUUCUGAGCAUCCUCUGUCCACUCACCCUUCAAGAGCCUCUCCAUCUGUUCCCGCUUCCCACCCCUUCUUACCCCACCCCCCAUGGUUUUUUAAGUCAAGAAAGUUUCAGGGAAUCAAGAGAUUGGGGUUUCUUUUCAGCCCAGCAGAAUCGCAGAGUUAUAUAUUUUGCUAUGAAUAGUGUUGUGGUACAGGAAACCCACUCUGCCCGUCAGUUUGUGACUAGUGUGUGUGUGUCUGCACUCUCGGUAACUUGAAUGUUGAGCCAGCCCUGUGGCUUCAAUAUGGUGUCCUUGAAAGAUUAAGCCACACAGCUUUAGGAAGCCCACUCGUUUCUUGCCCUGUUCCCUCCCCAAUUCUAGAGUGUUGUGUGUGAACACACUGGGUUGGGUUUUUUGUUCAUGAUAUGGAGGACGAUUUGUUGGGAGAUGGACACAGAAGCAAGAUGUCGCCUGUCUUGGUGAUUGGAAUCAUGACAGUCCUUACUCUGGCCUCUGAUUCUCCAUGGCCCUGCCCACACUAUUGGGAAAUCUUGUUUCCCUCCCUCCAGCGCUCUCCCCAUGUCCUUACAUAUUUACAGUGGUAUGAAUCAACAACAGACCCCCAUGUCGCCAGUGGCGCCGCCCUUUGGUUUGCUGUGGUACUUUGCUGUAUACUCUGUGGCCUCACGUUACUGUGUAAAUAAAUUCAG